GACGUCACUUCCUGUAUGUAGGGGGAGACCAAAUGACAGCUGGUUUGUUUUCAUCAACAAGGGGGAUCCAGUGUGGACAGUAAAGUGACAUGCGGUGAUCCUCCUCACUUAUCUGGUCUGACAAGAGCGCCAACAAGGGGAGCAGCUUUUUCUUUCUGCAGACUUCUCCCCACUCCUUCCAUCCAUUCUGGAGUCGCCCGUACAGAAACGGCACCAGCCAGCUGAUUGUGGCCACAUCAAAGCAGACAUCGGUUCAGCUGAAGAGGAGGCCGCUCAGCAGGAAAGCGUCAUGGAGCCUCCAGAAGACAGGGAAGGUCGUUCCUUUGUGGAGGUUAUCAAUGAGAAGUACAGCCCAGAAAACUUCCCGUACCGCAGAGGGCCUGGGAUGGGAGUGGUGGUGGUUCCCACUGCAGGUCUCCAGGGUUCCCCCAUGAAGGACCGUCUGAACUUGCCCAGUGUGCUGGUGCUGAACGGUUGUGGGAUCAGCAAAGCAGGAGACCAGGCUGAGAUCGCUGCCUUCUGUGCUCAUGUCAUGGAGCUGGAUCUAUCGCACAACAAUCUUCAAGACUGGCAAGAGAUCAGUAAAAUUGCAUCAAGCAUCCCCAAUCUGGAGUUCCUCAACCUGAGCUCCAACCCGCUGGCAGGAACCAUUCUUAAGCCGCAGUGUGCUGAAACCUUUUCACGAGUGCGACGCCUUGUUCUCAACAACACUCAGAUAUCCUGGGAUACAGUGAUGCUGCUGACCCAGAACAUUCCUGUGCUAGAGGAACUGUUCCUGUGCCUUAACGAGUACAGUAGUGUGAGUGCCUCCAGCGUGGCCUGUCCCACCCUGCGCCUCCUUCACAUCACCGACAACAGCCUCCACGACUGGGCCGAAGUGGGCAAGUUUGGCUCCAUGUUCCCCAGCCUGGACACUCUGAUCAUGGCCAACAACAACUUGGCCUCCAUUCAGGACAACGAGGAUAUCCUGGCACGACUCUUCCCCAACCUGCGCAGGAUCAACCUAAACAACUCAGGUCUCAACCGAUGGGAAGACAUUGAGAAGCUGAACUUCUUUCCAAAGUUAGAGGAGGUGCGACUGCAGGGCAUUCCCUUACUGCAGCCUUACACCAAGGCAGAGCGCCGCAACCUCAUGAUAGCACAGCUUCCCUCAGUGUCCCAACUAAAUGGCAGUGUUGUGACUGACAGCGAGCGAGAGGAUGCAGAGAGGUUCUUCAUCCGUCACUACCUAGACUGUCCCGAGAAAGAGCUACCGUUCAGAUACCAUUCCCUGAUAACCAAAUACGGCAAGCUGGAGCCGCUUGCUGAGAUCGACCUCAGACCUCGCUGCCGGGCUCAGGUCGAAGUUCACUGCGAGGAGAAAGUAGAACAGCUGUGCAUCCGUUUGGACCAAACUGUUGCCGAGCUGAAAAAGCAGCUGACGACUGUGGUCCAGCUCUCCACCAACAGCAUGAGGCUUUACUACAUCGACAAGGACAGCGCCUUUGGGCCAGAGGAAUUGAAGUACAACAACCGGGCUCUCCACUCCUACAGCAUCCAGGAUGGUGAUGAAAUACUGGUAGUGCCCAAGACCAAGUAGAAGCCUUUUGUUUAGAAGCUUGAUAAGAAAGAUUUAGUUGUCUAGGACUAUGUUGAUUGCUUAAUUGUUAUUGCUUGGAAACACUUCUGAAACAGCAAAGGUGGCGUGUCUUGUUGAAUGGAGAGAGGCAGUAAAAGGAUGAACGCCAUCUUGGAGACUGGAAAAAGAAACUACGGUGGGCCGCCGGCUGGCUCUCGCUGAACGUCCGGAGAUGAUAUAUUUCAGCUUUAUUUAAAGAGAAACUCAC